UUUGAUAAUUAAUCCACAUGUUAAAGCAAUAAAAAAAUAUUUUUUGGAUAUUUUAAAGUAAGAAUUCUGUCAGUGUAAAUUAACUCAAUAAAUAUUAUUCAAAAUCAUUUAUUCCUUCUAAAUACAGUCAUCAUGGAAACCGGCUUACGUCCAAAUUUGCACUCCGUCUACACAAAUACAAUCAUUCUGUCCAACAUUUUUUCUCACUUGGACAUCCAUCGCAUCCAAGCGUUCCGAACAGUGUCAUCUACCUGGAACAGCAUCGGGGCUGCGGAACUCGGAACGAGGAAAAUCUUCUCAAUGCGGCUCUUCUCCCAGAGUUCGACAACAGCUGACGAAAUUCAAAAAGUUAAUCCCGCCCUACUGAAACGAAUCUGCGUACAAUAUGCGUACGGUGAUUCAGAAGUUCAAUUUCAAAAGGUGGUGUCAAUUCUGGUUAGACAAAUAAGGGAAUUACGUCUCUGCCUGGAUUCCUUAUCUUGGCCAUCUCUUCUCGAAAUCUUGUCGGCUAACGGACUCCCUAACUUGGUCAAGAUGGCAAUUAAAAUAUGUUUUGACAAACCUAUUCCAGACGUUGGAGUGGUUUGCUUAAGAAAUCUUAAAGUGUUGGAAGUUAGUGGAAGCAGUUUUGAAAAUGCGAAGAACAACUUAGGAUUUAGGGAAAUGUGCGAAAACGCUAAAAAUUUUGGAAUGGUUUGCCUUCCCGAGCGAUGGAUAUAGCACAGACAAUUUGCCCCAACUCUGCCCUCUCUUGACCCAAGUCUCCACAACCUUGGAGAAGCUAUGUCUGGGGAUCAAUACUUCACCAGUUAACGUGUUCAGAACGCAUCCCCGGGUGGAACUAUCUUCAUCCUUCCCAAAACUGAAAUAUUUCAAGAAUUUGGCCUCUGAUGUUUUCGAGUUUGUGCAAUUUCUACCGGAAAACUUUCCCUGUUUAGUUAGCCUUUCGAUGGAUCCGUUCGACAUAACGGGCGAACACAUUAGUUGGGAUGACCGCCAAGAUCAACCUAUCAGAAGGAUUGAAGGCGUUAAAAAUCUCCAAAUUGGGAAUAUUCGCGAUUUCCUAAUCAUUUCCCAACCCAACGCUAACCCAUUUCCAAACGUGACACAUCUAACCAUCAAUAACAUUCAGGAGGCCGAGUACAUGGGGAAUUUUGCGGAAACUGCCAACCUUCCCAACGUUCUACGGAUGUGCGCCACAUGGAAGUAUUUGACCCAUUUGGAAAUCGUUAUUGGUGGUGGCGACCCGCGAUUGAGCCAAAUUUUGGAAGCACUGGAAUCUUUAGAUGUAGACACAGGCCUCUCAGAACUAAGAAUCACCAGCCUGAGCAGUAAAUUUCCUAAGGCUAUUUUUGACGACCUUCCAAGCGAUGAUGAAAAAUUAACGGAUUUCAUAACCAAAUGCAGUCCCCUUAAUCGACUAAUAUUUCAAGGAGUUUGGUGGAUGGCUGAAUCUGUGAUACGAGUAACGGAAUUCUUUGCAAGAAGAGGGUCCCCACAUUCGGCCGUAAACUUUGAAGGAGGUUAUGGAUUUUCGAAAAAGGCGACUUUUGAAAAGUUUAAUAUUACGCUUAUGGAGAAUUUUUGAAAAAUCCUGUAAAGUCAUCUUUUUAAAAAAAUUCAUAACUUUCUUCAAAAAUCGUAGAGAGUGCUUCAAGAUAUGUAUCAACCUGUUCCGGAUGGCUUGGGCUAUUGACAAAAAAAUAUAACCAGCAAGGAAAAAAUUUCCUUAAUGUAGUUAAAAAUUGAGCUUUUUUUAAAAAAAAUUUUGAGCUGUGACCUUUUGAGAAUUUUUCAAAAUCUGGAACGGCAUUCGUCCUAUAUCUUUCUGUGCUGACACAAUUGCAGAAAAUAGGUUUAGGAGGUAUGCAGACUUAUGACCACUACUGCAUAUUUUUUUCAUGGUUGUAAAACUAUUCAUUUUCUCAUCUCACUAGAGCUCUGUAUAUCCUAAAAAAAUUAAAUAUUUUAUCAGAUAUUUUUUUUUUA